AUCCAGUUUGAGCUUUCUCUGUGGUGUGGAUGAAGAGGUGUAGAGUUGGGAUUUAGGGUUUGGUUAUCAUCAAUGGCUGCCACAGGCUUAGCUACAUGGAGCAUGGCUUCUCUGAGGUCCGCUCUCCCACCUACGCCAGUCGCGAGAAAAUUUCCGGCCACUGGUUCUUAUUUUCCCGUCAUCAAAACAACCCGCCGAAAAACACCAGGCAUUUCCCGUUCCUUCUCGGGAUUAGCCAUAGCAAACCCUCUCCCCAUCAAUACAGAUUGUAUUGAUGUUGAUCAUAGGAUCAGUCUCAUAGACAAUGGGGGAAGGUUUUAUGCCAUGCGACAUGGCAGGCGUGUACCAAAGCUUAACAGGCCCCCAGACCAGCGGCGUGCACUACUAAGAGGCCUCACAACGCAAUUGUUAAAGCAUGGUAGAAUCAAAACAACCAGAGCUAGGGCAAGUGCAAUGAGAAAAUAUGUAGAUAAGAUGAUCACAUUGGCCAAAGAUGGUUCUCUACAUAAGAGGAGGCAGGCCUUGGGAUUUAUAUAUGAAAAAGAGAUAGUUCAUGCAUUGUUUGCUGAGGUUCAAGAUAGGUAUGGCGAGAGAAAUGGUGGGUAUACAAGAAUCAUCCGAACUCUUCCGAGGAGAGGUGACAAUGCUCCUAUGGCAUACAUUGAACUUGUGUAGGUUUGGAGAAUUUUCUUUAUUGGAUGUAACUUCAUGUCUUUAUCUGUUAUUUGACAAUUUAAAGUUUUUAAGAUUUUGUUUUUUCUUUGUUGUAACCUUCUUCCCGUAAAUGUAUUUUAAGCUGCGGAGUAACAUUUGCUAGUUGUGGAUAAUGUGGGGUUUAAAUCCAAAACCUCUGGAUUGAGAUGAUGACUUUUAUAACACAUCAAGCUAUACACUUGAAGCUGGGACAAAGGGUUCUGCAUU